CUGCAGGACUUCCUGGGAGAAGAAUACAAACCCAGCAAAUCCAUAAUAGAAACUUUACAUAAUAUGUUCUUAAAAUAUGACUCCACUGUGACUGACUUCCUCAGAAGGUCAAUGGAGAAAUCCCUCCAAAGUAAAAAUGGUCAGCUGGACCUGUUUGUUCGCUUCCUUAAUGGUCUGUGUAUGGAGUCCAACCAGAGAAUCUUGGGAGACCUGCUGGGUCCGAGUCACUACAGUCCAGAAAUCAUUUCAAAGGUCAUUGAAAACAACAUCUCUCCAGACAGAAGCAUCAACAUCUUCCACUGUCUGACAGAGUUGAAGGAUCAGUCAGUUCAUGAGGAGAUCCAAGAGUUCCUGAAGUCAAAGACCAGAGAGAAGGAACUUUCUGAGAUCCAGUUCUCAGCUCUGGCCUACAUGCUGCAGAUGUCAGAGAAGGUUCUGGAUGAGUUGGACCUGGAGAAGUAUAACACAUCGAAGGAGGGAAAACUGAGACUGAUCCCAGCUGUGAGCAACUGCAGGAAGGCUCGACUUGUAGAUUGUGACCUCUCAGAGACUGGUGCUGAAGUUGUGGCCUCAGCUCUAAAGUCCAGUCCCUCACAUCUGAUAGAACUGGACCUGAGCAACAUCCAGCUCCAGGAUGCAGUAGCGGAUCGUCUGUGUUCUGGACUGAAGAGUCCACACUGUGGACUGGAGAGUCUGAGGUGAGUUCACUGACAGAAAGUGCUGUUUUAUUUUAACUUGAUGAUAUUUUACUGCUCCAAAUGAAACUUUCUGAGGUAAUAAUAAUCUUAUGGAGGAAAGGACAAACAACAACAAC